AUUCAUUGUUGAAAGUAGUGUGUGUAGCGUCGGCUGCUAUAAAAUCUUACUAUUUAUUGAAUCAAACUAUUUAGAAUUAGAGAAAAAUGUCUGCUCCUGAUAAAGAUGAAUUAGUUCAAAGAGCCAAGCUUGCUGAGCAAGCUGAACGCUAUGAUGAUAUGGCCUCGGCAAUGAAAUCAGUUACCGAGACAGGAGUUGAACUCAGUAAUGAAGAAAGGAAUCUCCUAUCAGUCGCAUAUAAGAAUGUGGUAGGUGCCAGGCGAUCGUCUUGGAGAGUUAUUUCUUCAAUUGAACAAAAGACUGAAGGAUCAGAGAGGAAGCAACAGAUGGCACGAGAAUAUAGAGAAAAAGUUGAAAAAGAGUUACGAGAAAUCUGCGAUGAUGUCUUAGGACUAUUGGACAAAUACCUUAUCCCAAAAGCCAGCAAUGCAGAGUCUAAAGUAUUCUACCUCAAGAUGAAGGGAGAUUACUAUAGGUACCUCGCAGAAGUAGCCACCGGCGACACUAGGAACACUGUCGUCGAUUAUUCACAAAAAGCUUAUCAAGAUGCAUUCGAAAUCUCUAAGGCGAAAAUGACACCUACACAUCCAAUCAGGUUGGGACUGGCACUUAACUUCUCAGUGUUUUACUAUGAGAUAUUAAAUUCACCAGACAAAGCUUGCCAGUUAGCUAAACAGGCCUUUGACGAUGCAAUAGCCGAGUUGGACACGCUUAACGAAGACUCAUAUAAGGACAGUACCCUUAUUAUGCAGCUUCUCCGGGACAACCUCACACUAUGGACGAGUGACACGCAGGGUGAAGCUGAUGAGCCUCAAGAGGCUGGUGAUAAUUAAAAGUGUGGAGCGUCAUUUUUUAAACAAUUAUUCGUUAAUAAUGAAAUUUCAUGUAAGUUGACGUAUUCGUGGAACUUGGUUGUGAAGUUUCAUUGACAGUUUUAAGUUUCAUCCUGCUGAAACUUCGAUAUUUAAAAUGUUUUAGGAGAUAUGUAAAUCGUUAAAUUUAUAUUUCACAUUAUCACACAACCAUCAUACUUUUCGCAACAAGUAAUUUAAGCCAUAAAAACCAAAUGUAGUCAUAUAGUUUGGUGAUCGAAACAAUAUGAUUACAUAUAUUCAUUUCUGUGAUUGUUGUGUGAUUCAAUGUCAAUUCUUCUGCAUCAACUUUUGUUUUUUUUUAUAUAUAUAUAUAUUCAAUACUGUAAUGGUUUUUAAUUUUUUAUAUAUUAAAUGUAUAUUUAUCUCCUUCUAGAAUUUUGAAAAUUACUUUGAAAUUUUAGCACCUUUUAAGUUGUAACUUUGUUAACUAUUACAUUUAUUAUUUAAUAACAUUGUUUUAGGU